UGUUUCGCCCGUAGCUCCCACUUCCUCGUAGCUCCCAGUUCUUAGAAUCGGUUUUAGUGAUAGCACACAUUAAUACAGUAUACAUUAGUAUCAUUAAAAAUCGAAAAUAUGCCCAACUUUAAUGGGGCUAUUAUAGUACACACGCUUCAGUUGCUGAACGCGCCGGCGACACUGCGCGAAAUCGUGGUGACCAUAGCUAAAAAUACCGAAUUGCCGCAGGAUGAGCUGAAAGUGCCUGUGAAACAAACCCUAGAGAUGGGCCAUCGUUUGGGAUUCCUCCAGAAGUUGGAUGGUCGUUAUUACAUGGUAAAUAUGACCUUCGACACUCUUAUUAAUGAGAUGCAUGCCCUGGACAAGGAAGAGAUCUUAGAGAAGCCUAAGAUAGUUAAAAACAAAAAAAAGUUAAUGCAGAAGAGUCCCUUAAUAUCGGGUAUGGAUAAAAAAGUCACUAGGAAGAUUGUCAAGUCCUCGGAGCCAAUUGGAAAUCCAAAACCCGCUGAAAAAUCUCGACUCCAGGGCACUUCCAGUUUAUCCACCAUCACAAAACAAUCUUCAUCUAUGCUAGCGAAGUCCAAGCGUUUCAAGUAGCCCUAUCACAAAAAAAGUAUCUCCUAAAAACCAACAAUCGCAGUAAACCCAUAUACCCAGAUCUUUUGACAGAGGACCUCCUCUUUGUGCUUAAGGACAAUGUGAAAAAAAUUGUCUGCUCUGUUAUAUAAAUAUUUGGCAGUAAUACGCAAAGUAUAAAAUUCUUUAUAAAAG